AUGGAGAUAAAUAAUAGUUAUACUAUUAGACACCCAAUUGAAAAGAGAAAAGAAUCAAUCAACCACAGUGAAUUGAUCAAUGGUAUUGCAUUGGUGUCUAGAUGGUGGUUACAUGUAGUUAGACAAUCAAGAACUAAUCUUGUUAUUAAAGGUCCAUUGGAAUAUUCAUUCUUACACGAUACAUUGCAAUCAGAUUAUUCAAUCUACUCUUUUAAUAAUAUACAAGUACUUGAUUGGCAGGUCUUACAUAAAUCAAACAAGACUAGUAAUGUGCAAUCAAAUAAAUAUAAAGAGGAGUUUAAAGUAGUCGACCAAUUAAUACAACUAUUGCCACAACUCAAGAUAGUACAUUAUACAUGUGAAAAUGCACCUGUCGAAGCAUCAAAUACCAUCGUCGAGAUGAUAAGACUAUAUAGUCCACAAUUAGAGAUCAAUAUUGAUUUAUCUAUCAAUGGUGUUGGAGUAUUUAAGUGGCCACUACAACAACAACAAACUGGUUCUUCCAAUAACAACAAACCAAAUCAUACAGUCAUUCGUAUUGGACAGUUAUUUGGUGUAUAUCAAUAUGAAGGAGAAACAUUUACAAAAUCUUUCUAUCAAAUGUUGGAUAUGCUCAAACCAAGUAUACUGAAUCUAUGUUGUUCUCAAAACAACGAGAAUGGGCCGUCAUUUGAUCAACAUGUGCCAAUCGAUGAAUUAAUCGCCCAUCUCUCUGGUUCCAUCAAACACAUCAACUUUGGAGAUACUUUUAUUAAAUUGUCAACUCUAAGUAGAUUAGUAAAUUGUACAAAAGGAUAUGGUUUGGAAUCAAUCAGGACUGUCGUCAUACCACAUAAUCACAAUAUAGCCAAUUGGAAUGAAAUUUGUUCAACUCUUUCAUCCAACAAUACUCGAGUAAAGAGAUUGGAUUUGAAACGUGUUAAUCUUCCAAUGGCUUGUGAUAUGGUCGGUGAACCAUUUGCAUCGAUUUGGGCAACCAAUACAACCGUCGAGUUUCUUAGAUUGACACAUUUUGAUUGUAUAGGUACGACAUCUUUGUUUUAUACCAAUCUAUGUCAUAACCAAACUAUCACCAAGUUAAUGUUGACUCAUGGUACCAUUCAACAGAGUCAUCUUGCCGAGUUUAGUUUGGUUCUAUCUAGUAACACCAAUAUUGUCCAUUUAGAUAUCAACUCUAAUUACCUACAAUCUACCAAAGAGUUGGUCAAUGCAUUCAAAACAAACAAAUCAAUUCGUGUAUUGAAUAUAAUGAAUAAUCAAUUUACAAAUAAUGCCUCUGCUAUCAUAUCAGAGGCAUUAUUAGAAAGUGAUACAGUACAAUACUUAUUCCUCGACAGAGACUGGAUCAACCCAAACCAAAAGUAUUUCAAACAAUCAAAAUCAUUAAAAGAGUAUUACCAAGAAUGUGAACCAACUCUAUCCAACCAUAUAGAUGAAUGUUUCUUUGAUCGUUUUCUUUUUGAUUAA